AUGGAACCUCUUUCGGCUGUAGCGAGCGUGGCCAACGUUGCGGAUGCCGUCGUGAAGCUGAGUAGUGCCAUAUCUCAGUUCAGGCAGGACUACAAACUUGCGGACGAGGAGCUAGACAUCGCUCGGAACCAUGCACUGCUGUUGAAGGAGGAAAUCGCAGCAUUGGAAUCCCGAAGCUCAUGGAACUACACACCGCCUCGUAAAUCGACUAAGGGGCUUAGUGAUUUUGACCCAGCCGCUGAGACCAGCCCCCUGGGCAUAGAUGAGUCUUCCUUCGCCAGGGCCAUGUCGACUGCCCGUGGCCUACUCUCCGACAUUGAGUCCGCUUUCCCCCUUCGCUCUGAGCCACACACUUGGAGGAGCAAAGUGAGGUGGGCUAUCAAAGACAAGAAGGUUCUUGCACGGCUAAAGGAGCGACUGCAAUCUGCGGAGAGCACCUUACAAGGGAUUAUAUCUAUGGAGCAAUUGUAA